GAGAAAUAAAUAUUCGAAGCGAAGAGCCAAGGGUUUUCUGAGGCCACAUACUGAAAAAGAAAAAUGCUGAGACUCGCUUCAAAGAGACUAUUAGGGCUAGCGACAGACCAGGCACAGGGGGUGUCGCGGCCGGUCCAGGCGGCGCUGCCAAGAUUUUAUCAUGAGAAUGUGAUUGAUCACUACAACAAUCCGCGGAACGUCGGUUCGUUUGACAAGAACGAUCCCACGGUCGGCACUGGCCUUGUAGGUGCGCCGGCGUGUGGCGAUGUGAUGAAGCUCCAGAUUAAGGUCGAUGACAAGACUGGUCAAAUCGUCGACGCCUGUUUCAAGACCUUCGGGUGUGGUUCUGCAAUUGCUUCGUCAUCUGUUGCUACGGAAUGGGUUAAGGGGAAGCAAAUGCAGGAGGUCUUGACCAUUAAAAACUCGGAAAUAGCAAAACAUCUUUCUCUGCCUCCGGUUAAGCUUCACUGCAGCAUGCUGGCAGAAGAUGCUAUCAAGGCUGCUGUAAAAGAUUAUGAAGUGAAGCGCUCCAAAACAAGUGCCAGUACAAUGGGAGCCCAUAUUGAGAAGGCUGCUGAUGCUUGAAUUAUGUCCAUGUAAUAUCAGAACUAAACGCUAAUUUUCUGCUUAUCUAGUUGCUGCAAUCUGAAAGUUUCCAUGUGGUUCUAAUGAUGUUGGAUAUUUUGGAACUCUUCUACGUACCAAGUAUAGAAUGAGUGUUGCAUCCUGGGAGGCAACACUCCUAAGUAUUGUGUCUGGCAAUAGAAGGAUAUUGGUUAUUAGUUAAAACUUCCUAUGAAUAAAUGUGAAAGGGGCAUGUAAAUCUCCAUGUUGUAUAAGAUUUGUGCUUGCGUAAUUGACUGUGAAUGAGACGAGUAAUGCCAUAUCACAAGAAUUCCUUUCUA